AUGUCUCGCACUCGUACGAUCCCUGACGCGACCGCUGAGUCAAUGUUGGGUGCUGCGGUGAGCGCUGUUCAGAGUGAAGUGUGCUGUUCAACAAUUCCGGUGACAAUGAACUCGGUGCUAGUGUUCCUCUUCGGACUCAUUGGAGCGAUUCAAGCCGAUCAGUGGAAAGACAAAGUGCGCCUCACUUGUGAAUCGACCGGUAUGAAAGUAGAAAUUCCGGCGACCGAGGCUUUCAAAGGAGUCAUGUGGAUCGAGGGCUCAGGAAAUCCAGCGUGUGUUGUGCGGGGAAGCGGCAGUAAAGCGGCAACGAUCAUGUUCAUUCCCUACGACGGAUGCAACACCAUGCGGGCGAGCAAUUCACUGUACGUAAACAAAAUCAGUUUCAAGCAGCGAGCCGGCCUCGUUAGCUCGCGAGAUUCCGUCCUUGAGGUCGUGUGCCGCUUGAAGAGUGGCCACGUCAAAGUGAACUCGGAGAAAACUGUUUUCUCGAUCAUCACCGACGGGGUGCGGGAUAUCACUCGGACGGUGGCCAAACCGGAUGAGCCCACCUUGUCGAACGUGAAACUUCUCCGGGACAACAUUUCGGGGAAACAGAAAUUCCACUUCGGUCUCCACCUGCCUCGAUCCACGACUUUUCCCAGUCAGAGAGCGCCAACUGUGCGGAACUGCAAAGUGAUUCAAGACAACGUCGUCCUCUCAGCGCCGGAGCAAAGGGUGACUUUCAAGAAACUUCAAGUAAUCAAACUCACAUAG